UUGUUAACCGCCGCCGGCUGGCGUGGAGCGCCCCGAGAUCCUUCCUUAGCUGCAGUCCCUCUUCUUUUAGUUCUUGAAGUUCGAGGAACUGACCAUUCGGCUGAAAUUAGAAUCCGGAUUUCUCAAACUUCCCCUGGGAAAAAAAACAAACCCUAACGGUGGAGGUGAAUUCCUAAGCGUAUGUGUUUGGAUGCUUAAAGAAGACUAUUUGAAGACUGCUAUUGGAAUCAAUUAGCAUGGAUCCCAGCAGUGACUACCAUUUCCUCAAUCAGUUCUUGUGGAGAAGGGUGAAACUCACAUUGGCUUGUGGAAUCUUCGAAGGUGUGCUCCAGCAUGUGGACCCUAACAAGAUUGUUGUCCUGAAGAAAGUGAAGAACAUGGAGACAGGCCGAAGUGUCCCAGGAGUGAAGAUGUUUUUUGGGCAUGAGAUUGUGAAUGUGGAACUGGUGGAUGAAAUGGAGCAAGGUACAGUGAGAGAAAAGCCAUCUUCUCUUAGUCUAAAUACAGAAAGAUCCAGGAUGGAUAAAAUGAAAAAUGAAGACCUAUAUGUAUGUGAGCCUGCUUCUCCUGCCCCAGAGGCACCAACCAAUUCUCUGCUGAAGGACCUCAAAUACAGCCCAUCAGAGGAGGAGGAGGUGACAUACACAGUCAUUAAUCAGUUCCAGCAGAAGUUUGGUGCUGCAAUGCUCCACAUCAAGAAGCAGAGUGUCCUGAGUGUGGCAUCCGAAGGAACUAAUGUGUGUCGUCAUGGGAAAUUGUGUUGGCUUCAG